UCCACGCUCCGCAGCCGCUUUUACCUUAUCCCCCUUUGGUGUAGUGUGGAGAGUGCUCCGCUCGCGGAGAGACACCAAAAACUUGUGUACAUCACGGCGAAGGGGACACAUGUAUUACAAGUACAACAGUGCAGUGCCGUGCGGUUAAUUUGUAUACUUCAUAAUACUUGCACCUGUAAUAAGUAAUAAGUGGUGCAUAUGUGUAUAGGACACGUCGAUUAAAGAGGGACCACCGGCUCGAUGUGCACGCCGACGGCGUAACGACUCAUCCGCAGGAGCUGGGCGCCACGCGCGCUAUGUGGUGUGAUUGCAGGGGGUAUCAUCAGCGGAUGCAGACGAGGACGACGCACCGAGGAGCCAUCACCGUGGUAGCAGCAGGAGGAGGGGAACGAUGAUGGUGAACGAUACGGCGAACGAGUGCUCGCUGUGCAGCCUGGGCCCGCCGCCGGACAUGAUACUCCGGAUACCCCCGCCGCCGAUGCCGAGUUUUCUCAUGCGCGCCUCGGAUUACUUCAUCAGCGGGACCGGCCCCGGUGCCAAUGCCGGCGCUCCCGGGGCAAAUGGUGGCGGUGCCAACGCCGGGGUCGCUUCUUCGGCCAGCCCCGGGGCCAACGAGCCCGAGGACGGACCGGCCGAUCACUUUGACAACGGCGCCCCGUGUCGGCACACGUGCGACUGGCGAGCCGAGGGGGUCCGGUACGUCGAGGUGCCCCAACAAGGAACGUUUCUCGACGACACGUGGUUCAUAGUGUUGAUAUCAGCGUGCGUGGGCGUUGUUUUCGUCGGAAUCAUACUAGCAACUUUCAUGUACAAAUGUAAAUUGGAACCAGAAGUAGCCCACCCAAACGACGACGCGUCCCAGUGCAGCAACCGCAGCAACAAAAACAGCACCCUGUCUACGUCGACGGCCAGCUCGGGUAUGCAAACGACGACAACCUCGGGCGGGCCGUGCAGCAAACUGGGCCUGCCGAGGCUCCAGAGCGAGGCGGUCCUGUACCCGUGCGCCCACCACCAGCAGCACGACGCCCUCUCGGACUCGCGGGUCAUGUGGGCGACCCUGACGCCCCGCGGCACCACGAGGCACUACGUCGAGGAGCACACCUACGAGACGAUCGGAGCCACCGCGGCCGGCUCGCCGAUCGUGGAGGACACCGACGGCACCGCGGCCGAUGCUUCGACCGUCGACGGCGUUGUGCGGCCCCCGGAGCCCACGCUGCCCCCACCUCAGUCGGUGGGCAGCUUACUCAGGCCUCCGGGGCACAGGAGACGCUACACCGAGGCCGGCAUCAACGAACACACGUACUCCGAGCCACCGGCGGUGCCGGCCCCGCCGAUCCCGACUCGUCCAAAGGACGAAAAGGCCUUUGACAAUACAGCUUUCGUGGAUUACGAGGACCCGCACCAAAUGAAAAACGAGUAUUACCAGCUGGAGGACGUCCUCGAGCCCUGCGACCCGAUUUUUUCGGUCCAAGGUCUGUACAGUAUGCAGCCGAGGAGGAACAGCAGCAGCUCGGCGAGCGGCACCUUGCGCCCGCGCGUCAGCUCACCCAUGAGGAUCGAGCACCCAAACCUGCCGCCCCUGAACCUCCAGCCGUCGCUCAAGCGCAACAAGCAGCAACGCAAGAACUCGUUCCACCAGCCCGGCCACCAUCUGCAUCACCAUUCGCAUCACCACAAUCAUCACCAGCAACAAACUUCGCCUCAGCAGGCUGCGCCAGGUGACUGCACGAUACUCAGGUCCGGCAUGACCUCUCCGACCACCUACAUACCGACCAUCUAAGGACUCUCCAUCUAUACAUUACCCCCCCCCCCCCCGACUCUACGUCUAUACCUGCAGCGUACUGUUCUAUACAUAUAUAGUAUAUAUUAUUAAACCCUUAGGUAUACCAAUUCUAUCUCUCUGCCGUGCAGACUAGACUGUCUUUUUUUUUCUUCUUCUUUCUCUUCGUUUGUUUUAAUUUUUAAUUUUAUUUUAUACAUACAUAUACAUAUUUUAACAUAUAUACAUAUAUACAUAUAUAUUUAUAUUUAUAUUCUUACUGCUGUGCGAAAGCGAGACCGCGUUGAUGGCGUGAGAUAAAAUGGGAAUCAAACGCGUGUUCUUGUAUGCGUGUAACAUUGUUGUCGGAAAAUAUGAAUCAUAUAUAGAAAGUGUUGCGAUUUGUAUACAUGUAGUAUAAUAAUUAUACGUAUAAGUAUAUAUUUGAGGAGGGAAAGAGGCGAUUGUGCAUCAUUGGAUUUGACAACGCAGAUAUAGUAUGAGCUUCGAGAACCUUUAGAUUUGGUCGUGCUUGGGCUGCAGUAUUUGCUCGAUGUAGCGCUACUUUGAUACACACACACACACAUACACAUAUACAUAUACCUAGAUAAAUGGGUAUAUAAGUUUAUACAUAUAUAUCGUGGAAUUGUUACCACCUGAUAUAUACAAUAUACUUAUUAUCGCUCGAUCGUUAAUCCGUCGAUUAUUGUGUAUAUUAUAUGUAUUGCUUGGGUUUUAAUUAAUAUAUGAGUACCUGCUGCGAAAGAGAACGUGAAAAUUUCGAAAACAGGAGAGUAUCGAUCGAUCGAUCGCAAUAUGUUAUAUAUUAUAUUAUAUAUACACGCGUGUACAUCCGGCCCUUUACUAUGACAAUCAAAUGUGUAUAUGUAACGAUCGCAUCGGACUCUUCUGCACUGCUAUAUAAUAAUAAUAAUAAUAAUAAUAAUAAUAUUAUCAUCGUACAUAAUUAUACACUCGAUCGCUUUUAUUCGUAUAUUUUCUUACGUAGGUAUAAUUAUGUAGCGUCCCUUAUCGUUCGUCUCUGCGUUUGUACAUAAAAUAUGCUAUUCGCGCGUUUGAGGAAGUAUGACCAAAUCUAGAAUAAUCGAGAAUGUUGAAAUUUUUUUGAGCCAUUAAAGGAUAAAAAAAAAAAAAAAAAAAAAAAAAUAAUAAUAAUAACAAUCAUCCAUUUAUCAACGAGAAAAGACCAAUGUAGUUAGUAAGAAUUAGAUUUUUAUCGAUGAUCACGCAUAUUUAUAUCGACGAUAUUAAACAUGAAUAGGAGACGUGUAAUCAAGUAUAUCGCUUUAUAAUUAAGUAGAUGAUUCAUUUUUUCCGAUGAUACACAGAGUAGUGAGGAGAUAUGUACAUGACAUAUAGUUAUUUAUGAAAUAUCAGCUACGUAGAAAGAAAUAUUUUUAUUGCUACUUAGAACGUUUCAUUUAUUCACUGCCAGAAUAGAAGGAUUUCUAAAAUAGUUGAUGAUCAAAAAAAAACGAGAAAAAAAAAAAAAAAAAAAAAACCAAUAAUAUUAUCAAGAUUUCGCACAACGGACUAUAAUUUCCUACAAAAGUCUGAAGACGCGCGAAAUUGUAUAUCGAUUUUUACUCGAGUCCGCGCAAACUAGAGUAAGCCCCGGUAACGGACUUUAGUUCCCAUUUGAAAGGAUCAACUCGUCUAAAACACGUCCUUUCGAAAGAAGUAAGUUUGAACGGGUAGAAAAACUGAAUUAACUCUAAGUCGAGCGAAAAAAACAAUUUUCAAGUAAUAAGCUGUAACUUUUCGUAUAAAUUCUAAAGUCUGAGGGAAAGAAAGAUAUACGCAUAAAAUAUAUGUAUCGUUUGUAUUCGAAUCGCAUAUCUCGACGCUAUUGUUUCUAUAUAAAAAAAAGUUAUCACUUGCUCUUGAAGAAAAAAAAAAUCUGCUGCUUUUAUUGGUCUUGCAUUUGUAUUAGUAUAUAUUUACGAUUUUUUCGUAAACACACCUAUACCUAAUAUGAUAUUGUAUUUCUCGUCUUGAGAGCAAGUUUGAUAACAAACGGCAAAAACGUUCCUCGUGUAAACGCACUUGACUCACUUGCAAAUCGUUUUAAACCAUCGUGUAAUUGUAUACUGCGUAAAUUAACUUUUACGUUUUUUUAACACUGUUACUAUCUACAUUAUAAUUAUCACUCGUAGCGUAUUUCGUUGAUACGAAAUAUUCUAUUUAUUUGAAUAAGUAACGAUUAAGCAAUAUCUAAAACGCUAUGCAGAAAUUUACUUAUUAUCAUCAUUACUUUGGAAAGGAUGGAUAAGACAAAACCAAAUGAGAGAAAAGUGAAAUUUUUACAUGAAUUUUCAUAGGAUUUUCAUAUAUGAUUACUUGUAGACGAAGAUGAUUCUACAAAACCUGCGGGCCAUGCGAUACUGUGACUAACUUCUAAUCUACUUCAGUGUUCCUAGUACUUAAGAAAUAUAGAAUACGUCACACGACUUGAUUUUGUAACUAUUAUUCGUUUAACGCGAACUCGGACUGAUCUCACAAAAUUGUAAAAGCAAUUCACUUUACGAAAAGCAAAAGGAAAAAGAAAAAAAAAAAAAAAAAAAAAA